AGUCCUUUCUCUACAGAUCGCCCGACAAUUCCUGUCACUAAUGAUCGGCCCAUAAGUAUUACUACUUAUACUUCGGGAAAAACACUAAGUGCUCGACUGUUGGAGCCGUUGAUGGAGUCAUUGCCGCGACUGUUUGCCGAGGACUACGUCCAGGAAAUACUAAUGACCGGAGAAAUGAGUUGCAAAAACAUACGAUACGGACAGAAGUACUGGAAGAGAACUAAACACGUGUUUCUCACGAUUUUAGAAAUGUUAAAACGUGCGCUAACUCUGGCCACCAAUGAUAACGAGCGCCAAUUUCUGGGCGGAGUUGUGAGCGAAAUGGGCCGAAAUCUGGGCAAAUAUUUGGACAAUUUUGAACACUUAUUGGGCGGCAUUAGUGACGACAUACUGAUGUACGCGCCCACCGAUACGCUCGCCGAUAACUAUAUCACACUUUGGCGCGAAAUCAAACGUAAUUCAUUUGUACGGAUGAUGGCCACCGAUCUCGUGCCCCUCUGGCACGUGUUAGAGCUCCGGGCGUAUCUGACACGUCAGCCCCAAUACAAGUCGAGUCCGUUGACUAACUUUAUACUUUAUACGGACCUUCCAAUUGAAGCAAUGGUCAACUUUUACAAGAGUGUCAUUGACUCACACGCGCCAAAUAUAACGGCCGCCGAAGAGCACGAGCUCUUCCAACUGACCAAUGAAGCGAAUGAUCUCGAUUUCAAAUUUUAUAUUAGUACGUAA